GUAACUGUCAUCCCUACGAAAUUGAAUAAUAUAUAAAAACAAAAUGAAAAAAUUGCAAAACCAUCAUUAUAUUAGCCCAAGGGCUUUGUUGUUGUUUACCUUUUUAAUAAAUGAAGGUCGAACAAUCACCAUUUAAACAAAAAUUAGUACAGUAACAAGUUGAACAAAACAUAGAAGCGAUUGCAAUACUGUAUCUCAAUUACUACUACAACAGGCCUUGUUGUGCACACAAAUAAGAACACAAUGAACACAAAUAAGAUACUUGUUAUGAAAUUAUGAAACAAUAGCACAUAUUUUUCGCACUAACUAGGAAAUAAUCAUCAACUGAUUGCAACGAACAAACAGGUUAAAAGGAUAUUUUUUACCUGCGCAUCAACUUUAUUGGAUUAGCAUACACAUUCGCAAUCUUUGUCUAAGUCAAAAGCAAUUAAAUUGCUAAGGGACAUUGCAGUUAAUACAUAUUCAUAUGCGCAUAUACUUUCACACCUCACAACAAGUUAUUAGCUAUUUUAAUUUUCAAUUGACAAAAAUAUUGGAAACAAAACCUAUUUAAAGGCAGCGCAAUAAUUCAUCAGCACUAUUUGAGUUUGUGAAUUAAGCGUGAAAGGACAAAAACCCGAUAAAACGAGAUAAACUCAAUCAAAAUGGGUACCCCGAUGCAUUUUCGAAAACGACAACUUCUUGAAUACCAGAUCCAAGAAAACUCUUCCCAACAAAACGAGCCCCACCAAACUCAAUUAAAUGAACCAAACUGCAAUUACAGUUAUGAACCCCAAAUUACAUUUGAAUAUCCAAUGUCCCCAGCAUCUACUCGUUCAGAUCGAUCAACACCAACAAAAAAUGAACCCUACAUCGCACCCAGCAACUUUGAUUCGUUAGAUCCAAGCGAAUAUUCAACUGAACAAAUGCAAGUUCUAGCCAAACAUACAGUUGCACUAUUGGAAAUGGAAAAUUUAUCACCCAAAUCGAAUAAAGAUGCUCAAAAGCUCAAGCAAAUUGGUGAAUCUCUUACGGCCCUUGAAAACUUUUGCCAAGAUCCAAGUACUCAUCUAGGUGGCAGUGUAAAAAAGCUUACCUAUGAACCUUCAACUCUACUUCAUUUCGCUUACAAUCUCAAAGAAACAAUCGAGGAAUACAUUAGCCAAGAAAUAGCAAAUGCUUCACCAAAUAAGUCGUCACUUUCUACUCUAAUUUUGGCAAAAUUAAAUCAACUUAGAGUAAAUGCAUUGCUUAAACCCCAACAGCGUGUGGUGGAGCAGUUGAAAUAUGUUCCAGGUUAUUGUUCACCGGAAAAGGAGUUUGAGGAUAUGCCUGUGGACUUGUCGGGUUUUUGCAAAUCUGAAAUGCAAGUGGAAGAAGGGCCUGAGGAUUUGUCAAUAAAGAGAAAUAAACCUUAUUAUGAAACUGGUCCUGUAGCAUCAUUACCAGUAGAAGAUGAUGACAUGGAUUAUGACGAGCCAACCCUUGUAAUAGAUGAAUCAUACGUUGAGACACAAAUUGGAGAUGAUACAAUCAUUCAAAAAUCUCCUGAAAAGACAAAAUCUGUAACUCGACAUACUCGCAGUGGAUUGCAGCAAAUAGCAAGUCGAAUUUCAGGAAUCUUUUCAUUUAUUAAUCGAACCCAAUCGAGAAUGGAGGAACUUAUGAGACAAGGAAUCAAUGUUGUAACGCUAACCUCGAGUAAAAAAUCUAAGAAAAAAUCAUCAAAAAAGUCCAAAAAAUCAACAACAACAACAUCGUCAUCAUCAUCAUCGACAUCAUCAGCACCUGCAAUCUACGUACACCCAGCUAAAAGAGUAUUAGAACUGAAACAAAAAUCAUCAAAAAAAUCUAAGAAAAUUCCUAUACUGCCUUCAAUGCCUGCAAUUCAAGAAGAAUCUCCUCCUCCUGCUCCUGCUGGACGAGUUAUAGUAUACAAUCGAAAACCAUGGACAAAUGGAUUGGGAGAUGAAUUCAAAUACAACACAAACUAUCCAAUUCCAUCACCAUAUGAUAGUGGUAGAUGUAUAAUUGGACCAAAUGGAACGACAAUUUCAAAUGAAGAAUGGUUACAAAUUAAUUGGGAUCAAACGCCACCAUGUAUAACGAGAAGAAUUCUAAUGAUGUUAUUUAAUCGUGAAUGUUUAGCAACACAUAGUUUGACAGGCAGACCAUCGCCGGCAUUUUUGGAGCUUAAUUAUCCCGAGAAACAAGCAUUGAAUCCUUAUAUUGUUAAGGAUAUUGUUGAUUUGGUAACUAGCCGAACUAUUGCUACAGCAAAGGAAGUACGUAUGGCUAUAACAACUAAAUGUGCAGAUGAAUCGAAAAUGCGUAGAUGUCGUGAGGCAAAAUUACUUAAACAAGCUGAGAAUUUGAGAAUGAAACCGUAUUGAUGUAAGAAAAACAACUUUGAAUGAUUCCCAGUGAUUUUUUCCACAGGGAAAAUAAA